AUGUUCCCCACCCCCGCACCCCACCGUGCUGGUGUCUUUCUGGUGCCAACAUAUCUGCACAGUGAACAUGACCAGGGAGAUCAAGGAGAAUACAAGGGAAAUGAGCGCGCACAUGUCACCCUCCGUGAGCGAGGAUGCCGUGCCCAGGCUGAAGCCCGCGCUAACCUCGAAGCUUGCAUCCCGGAGUUGAGCACAGAGAGGCGUCACCCUGUGAAGGCUUGGUGUGUUGUAGCAGUUGGUGCUAAGACUCUCGGGCUGCAGCAGGCACCCAGACAUCACAGAGAUAAUAGAGGAUCCCGAAAAGAAGUCAGCAAGUUACAAAGGAGGAAUGGGCAAGUAAAAGAUCUCCUGAAAGUGGGACGCCAACUGUUAAAGGGAGAUUCUCGCCUCAGGAUGCCUGCAACCUCAAGCUCAGCCUUGCGUGUGGUCCGUGAGAAAGCCACGGCUCCAACUGCAAAUCUGAGGAUUAAAACCAAUUUUAGCUCUUCAAGCAACACAGGCUGUACCUCAGUGCCUGAAGCCCAUGUGUCGGCUGCUGGAAGCAAAAGGUCUUUUUCUCACAAUUGUGGCCUUCAUGGUCAGAAUAAUGGAUCCUUAUCCAACAAGUCCAGACCCAGCCCACCUGCUUCCCGUGAAAAGGCCCCUUUGUCAACACUGAGCAAAAACCAGCCGAGUCCUGCGAACACCCAUCAGAAUUAUGGGGCUUCUUUAGCCAGCAGAAGCAACUCAGGCUCAAACAAAGGAAGUGACAGCAGCCAAGUGACGAGGCGAUCAGGGAAAUCUAUUUCUUGUGGUCACAAUUGCAGCACUAAGCCAGAAAAUCCGGAGCGGUAUUUGACUCCUCUGCAGCAGAAAGAAGUUACAAUACGGCAUUUGAAAAAAAAGCUGAAGGAAUCCGAGUGCAAAGUUACAGAAAGGGAAAGAGAAAUCGAAAAGCUCAAAGCUCAGGUGGAACGUAUGAAGGAAGACUGGAUCGAAGACGAGUGUAAUCAUGUGGAGAUGGAGCUGAGCCUCUUGGAAGCAAGGAGGGAAAUUAAAGAACUCAAACAAGGUAUUGAGAACAUGAAGAAGAGCUCGGCUGAGAAAGACAAAAAAUUUCAGAAAUACUUCCUAGACGUAAGCAUUGAACACAAGAAACUGGAAUCUUUGGUGUCGAGCAUGGAGAUGGCCCUGAAGAGCUCUGUGAGAGAUGAGCAGCGCCCAGAGUACACAUGUGACUCUGAGGGGAAGCCGUUGUGUACCACGAUGCCAGACAGCCCCACCACAGAGGACCAAGCUCUGGAGGAGCUGGCAGGUAGUGGGCUGUUUCUUCAUGAGGACACAGCUAACGGGACUGAUUUAUUUGAAGAGAGUUUGACCACCACAACCUCUGAGUUGAGUGAUUCAGCUCCCUCCAAUUCUAUUGUGAAUCAAGAGAUGCUUGAAAAUGUUCUGGGUGAGAAACUAACUUUUUCCCAGGAGGAGGAGGAGAAAGUCAGAAACAUGAUGGUGGAGCAGACCAUCCAGACUGAUGUGGUGCCAUAUAGCCUAGAAGGGGAGCAGUUCAUUCAAAACAUGUUCGAGCUCAGAGCUCAAGAUGCCUGUCCUCUAAGCCCGCCUUCUUCCCUGAAGGAAUUGGGUCAAUUUCUUGAAAGCCUCAGUGAUUCUGGUAUCGUAGUGGACUUAACUCCAGGUGAGCCAAACUCUACCACCCUUUUGUCUCCUGUGACACCUCCAUGCAGGAAGGUGGAGCACGGAGUUAAUGAAAACCAUUUUGUGAAAGAACUUGAUUUUACAGAACCUCACGAUGAUGAAGUCUUUGGGUACGUCAAUACUGUUUCUCAGACAGGAAUAAAGAAGACAUACUGGAGCAGCAGACUCGCCAGCGAUCUGGCUGUAGCAGCCCCUGUUGUACCAACUAUCAUGUGGGCUUUCAGUACUCAUGGAGCAGGAACAGAUCUCAUUUACAGUACUGGAGCGUUGUUUUGCAGUUCUGUCCUAGUCCACCGUUUUGCUCUUGACUAUUUGAUUUGCCCUAUAAAUCGGUUUGAAAACAUGUUACUUGUUUCAGAAUGGAAAAGGUAA